AUGGCCACCCUACAAGGUCACUGCGACCCCGCAUUCAACCGCGUGCGCGAUCUUCUCCAAGAAAGACUAACCUCAGGCGAAGAAGUUGGCGCCUCACUCUGCGUCAACAUCAACGGAGAGAACGUCCUCGAUAUCUGGGGCGGCCAUGCCGACGCUGCCAAGACACGCUCAUGGGAAAAAGACACACUAGUCGUCGUCUUCUCAUCUACCAAGGUCGUCACAGCCCUAGCCGCACUAAUCCUCGUCGACCGCGGCCUGCUAGACGUCGAAGAGAAAGUAUCAAAGUACUGGCCGGAGUUCGCAGCCAACGGAAAAGAAGACACGAAAGUGUGGCACAUCCUCAGCCACGCCUCUGGGCUGCCCAACUGGGACGAGCGCAUCCCCAUGGAAACCAUUUACGACACCAAAGCCUCGACGGACCUGCUCGCUGCGCAGGCUCCGUGGUUCAAGGCUGGUGAAGCAUCCGCUUACCAGCUGGUAGACCAUGGGCAUUUGAUCGGUGAGAUCGUGCGACGCAUUAGCGGGAAGUCAUUGAAGCAGUUCAUUGUCGAUGAGAUUGCCGGUCCGUUGGGAGCGGACUUUAGUCUUGGUGUGGCUGAGAAGGACUGGCCGCGUACGGCGGAUAUCAUUCCUGCUCCGCCUGCGUCUAUGCCGGAGAUGGACCCGAAAAGCAUUGUGGGUAGGGCAUUUGGCAAUAUUACGCUGAAGGCGGAGGAUGCCCAGACUCCUGAAUACAGAGGCGCUGAGAUUGGGGCUAUCAAUGGGUUCGCGAAUGCGCGUUCUCUGUCUCGGAUUGGGUCAAUGGUGUCCCUAAAGGGGACUGUUGAUGGGAAGCAGUAUCUUGGGCUCAAGACUAUCGAUCAAAUGAUCCAGGAACGGGUUAGUGGUCUUGAUCUGGUGUUGUUCAUGAACUUCAGAUUCGCGCUUGGUGUCGCCCUGCCAGUCCCGGAGUCUAUCACCUUCAUCCCCAAUGGAAAUAUCUGUUUCUGGGGAGGUUGGGGUGGAUCUAUGCUGAUCAUGGAUCUGGAUCGCCGAAUGACUAUUGGUUAUGCCAUGAACAAAAUGGGGGCUGGGGUCUUGGGAAAUGAAAACGUCAAGGCGUACGUCAGCGCGAUUUAUGAAAUUAUGGCAGACAAGAAGCCGUCUGUGUCCCUGUGA